AGGCUCGAUCGACACAUCGCUGUGUGCGUCAAGAACAGUAGCUCGGCCAAGGUUUGCUUUUGCUGUGAAAGGCCCAUCAAAAUUAAGUACCCGGUUUUACGCCAUUUUUUUCUCUAUCGUUACUAACUUCAGCGACACCAACAACACAUCGUCUCUCGGCGUAUUUGCACAGAAAUGCUCCGUACGUUCACCCUCCGCGGUGCCAAGCAUCCCGCCAUCCGCACCGCCAUCUUCCCUGGCCGCUACGUGCAGGGUCCAGGUGCGAUAGACCUGCUGGGUGACGAGCUCUCCCGUUUCGGCAAGCAGGCGCUGAUUCUCGCUGACCCCUUUGUUGCGGAGACCAUGAAGGACAAGAUCCUGAAGUCGCUCAACGGCAAGGUGGAUGUGAAGCUGGAGGUUUUCUCGCGCGAGUGCUGUGAUCACGAGAUCCACCGUUUGGCGGACAACAAGGGAGUCGAUGUGGUGGCCGGCAUUGGCGGUGGCAAGACGAUGGACACGUGCAAGGCGGUGGCGCACACGCUCAAGGUCCCCAUCGCCGUCGUGCCCACGAUUGCAUCUUCCGACGCUCCCUGCAGCGCUCUCUCCGUUAUCUACACCCGCACCGGAGAGUUUGAUCGCUACCUGUUCCUGCCCAAAAACCCUGAUCUUGUGUUGAUGGACAGCGACAUCAUCUGCAAGGCGCCGGUGCGCUUUCUCGUUUCCGGCAUGGGCGAUGCGCUGGCCACGUACUUCGAGGCGGAGUCUGCCUUCGCGACGCACAGCGGGAACAUGACGGGCUACAUGGGCGCCUACACCGCGAUGGGUCUGGCUCGCAUGUGCUAUGAUACCCUGUUGGAGUACGGCGUGAUGGCUAAGCGCGCGUGUGAGGCGAAGACGACGUGCCCAGCUCUGGAGCGCAUCAUUGAGGCGAACACCCUGCUCUCUGGUCUUGGAUUUGAAAGCGGCGGCCUCGCGGCCUGCCACGCCAUCCACAACGGCCUGUCUAUCAUUGAAGAGUGCCAUCACUUCUGGCACGGAGAGAAGGUCGCGAUUGGCGUGUUGGCCUCCAUGUUCUUGGUGGACCGCCCGCCGGAGGUGGUGAACCGGGUGUACCAGUUCUGUGAGGACGUUGGCCUGCCCACAACGCUGGCGGACAUCGGCAUCAAGUCGAUCUCACCGGAGCAGCUGAUGAACGUGGCGGAGCUCUCCUGCGCUGAGAACGAAACGAUGGCGAACGAGCGAGGCGUCAUCACGCCUGUGGCGGUGGCCAACGCGAUACGCGUGGCCGACGCGUACGGCCGUGCUCGCAAGCCCGCGAAGUGA